AUGUCACUUCAACACUAUUUGAUCUAUAAAUAUAGCAAUCCCUUAGCAUCAUAUUCAAGUAGCGAAAAUCUAAAUGAAGAUGUAGUUAGUGUUUUUCGUCUUUAUAUUUACCAUAAUGAAAUAAACCAGAAUGAAAGAUUUGUUUUAGCGCAAUCAUUACAAUAUGAUCAAUCA